GAGUGAAAUCGCGGUCUCUAGAAUCCAAGAUGGCGGGAGAUUCAGUUCACGCGGUGUAUCGAAGCCCCCUCACAAGUCGAUAUGCUAGUCCUGAAAUGGCGUUUAAUUUCUCUGAGGACAAGAAGUUCUCUACGUGGAGGAAGUUAUGGCUUUUUCUAGCAAAAUCUGAGAAGACUCUAGGGCUGGAAAUUACAGAUGAGCAAAUCCAGGAAAUGGAAGCCAACUUAAAAAAUAUAGACUACAGCCUGGCUGCAGCUGAGGAGAAGAAACGUCGACAUGAUGUUAUGGCACAUGUCCACACAUUUGGUGUGUGCUGUCCAAAGGCUGCUCCUAUCAUCCACCUGGGAGCAACAUCUUGUUAUGUUGGUGAUAACACUGACUUAAUUGUUAUAAGGGAUGCUUUUAACAUUUUACUCCCAAAGCUUGCCAGAUGCAUAGAGAGGCUAUCAGACUUUGCUGAGAAAAACAAGUCAAUUCCUACACUUGGUUAUACACAUUUUCAAAGCAUUUGCCUUAAUUACUUAACAAUAGGGACUGCAAUGUGCAUCAAAAUUUUUUGCAACUCAGAUGCAGAGGUGGAACAACUUGACCAACUGGUCACAGAAAUGGCUGGUUUCAAAAGUCACUACAUUGUUACAGGGCAAACAUACAGCCGUAAAGUAGACUUGGACUGUCUAUCAGCUCUGAGCAGCCUAGGAGCAUCAGUUCACAAGAUAUGUACAGACAUCAGGCUUCUAGCAAAUCAAAAAGAAAUCGAGGAACCAUUUGAGAAAGAUCAAAUUGGUUCCAGUGCUAUGCCUUACAAACGGAAUCCAAUGCGGAGUGAAAGAUGCUGCAGUCUUGCGCGUCAUUUAAUGGUGCUUGUAGGAGAUGCACAGCAGACAGCAGCUACGCAAUGGCUGGAGAGGACACUGGACGAUAGCGCUAACAGGAGAAUAAGUUUGGCUGAAGCAUUCCUUACAGCUGAUAUUUUGCUUAGUACAUUGCAAAAUGUUUCAGAGGGUUUGGUGGUUUAUCCCAAGGUUAUUGAUCGCCAUAUUCGACAGGAGUUACCUUUCAUGGCGUCUGAAAAUAUCAUAAUGGCAAUGGUGAAAGCAGGGGGAAAUAGACAGGAGUGUCACGAGAAGAUCCGCGUUCUGUCCCAGGAGUCUGGGGCGGUUGUCAAGGAGCAAGGUGGCGACAAUGAUUUGGUUGACAGGAUCAGGAAAUGUGAAUACUUUGCUCCAAUUCACAAUCAGCUGGACGUCAUCUUGGAUGCUAGUACGUUUGUGGGGCGUGCACCCCAGCAGGUGUCCAAAUUUAUUAAGGAAGAAGUCGAACCGGUGUUGAUUCCUUUCAAAUCGGAUUUAAGCAGCAAGUCUUCUAUCGAUGUUUAGGAUUUUCUCUUACAUAGGGUUUUCGACCGUGACGGCAACGGUUACAUUUCCGCAGAGGAGUUACGUUAUGUGGUGACUUCUUUCGGGGAGGUGCUCAGUAAUGAAGAAGCCGAAGAAUUGAUUGCCAUGUUUGACAAAAAUAACGAUGGUCAG